GGUUAAGAUUCAUACUUUGUAAUUUUUCAACUUGUCAUUUCAAAUUUUAAAAUAAUCCAUUUGUACUUCUGUGUUGUGCAUAUCCAGUUUGUGAGUUUUAAUUUUUGUUAAUUGUCUACAAUGGAUACAAUUAUUGAUAGAGGAGCACCGAAAACUCGCAAUUUCGAGCCUUACGCAAGCAAUGGAGGCUCUAUUGUUGCCAUUAGUGGUAAAGAUUUUGCCAUUGUAGCAUCAGACACUCGUCUUAGUGAAGGAUAUAGGAUUUUUACACGUAAUCAACCAAAGCUUUUUCAACUUUCUGACAAGUCUGUGCUGGGUUGUACAGGAUGUUGGUGCGACACAUUAUCUUUGACCAAUGUAGUUCAAACCCAAUUAAAGUCAUAUUUGUAUGAUCAUAAUACAGUGAUGCAACCAGGUUCAAUCGCACAGUUACUGUCCACAUUGUUGUACAGUAGGCGCUUUUUUCCAUACUAUGUGUAUAACGUACUUGCUGGUCUUGAUGAAAAUGGUGCAGGCUGUCUCUAUAGCUAUGAUCCAGUGGGUCAUUGUGAAAAAGUAUCAUAUACUGCAGGUGGCAGUUCAGGUGUUCUCAUGCAACCGUUUUUAGAUAGUUGGUUGGGAAAACGUACAGCUGAUAACCCUGUGUCUGAAGAAGAAGCGUUAAAGUUGGUAAAAGAUGCAUUCACAGCUGCUGGAGAACGCGAUAUUUAUACCGGAGAUGAAGUUGUGUACAACAUAAUUAAAAAAGAUGGAAUUCAAUCUGGUGUAGUUCAGCUUCGUAAAGAUUAAUUUUUUUAUUUACAUUAAAUUUUUUAUAAAUCUACAUUAUCUAAAAUUUAUUUCAUGGUUAAUAUUAAAUACAAGAUAUUAAAGGCAAAUACUUGGUAUUA